AUGGCCAAGGAGAAUGGUCAUGAAGAUAUGCAUACGAGUUUUCUUGUCUAUAAGUACCCUGUGCAGGGCAGGGAUCAAGCCUUUUCAUCAGCAAACCAAUCUCACCCCACAGCUAAAGGCAUGUCAGUUUUGCCUAAGCAACCACUCUCUAACCUGCUCGCUCCUCUCAGGGUCUUGUUAUCCAUCACCAUCUUCAUCUCUUUUAGCCAUGUUUCUUCUGCACUAGCUUCUUCCUCUGUGACUCGGAGAAAAGAAGAAGCAGAGGCUCUUCUGAGAUGGAAAGACAGUUUUGAGAAUACAACUCAAAUGCUCCUCCCUUCCUGGACCCUUCUUCCUUCCCACAAUUCUUGCAAGUGGGUUGGAAUCACAUGCAAUGAGCCUGGAAGUGUCACACAUAUAAACAUCACAAGUAGUGGUUUGAGAGGUUUUCUAGUGGCUGAUAACUUCUUGUCUGGCUAUUUACCACAAAAUAUAUGCGCCAAUGGGGCGCUUGAACAAUUGGUUGUACAUGAAAACAACUUCUACGGUCCUAUUCCAAAGAGUUUAGAAAAUUGUACCAACUUGGUCAGAGUUCAAAUGCACAGAAAUCAGCUUGAAGGGAACAUGUCGAAAGAUUUCGGCAUAUAUCCAAGACUGAAAUACAUCAAUCUGAGUUAUAACAAGCUUUAUGGUGAACUUUCGAACAACUGGGGGCAAUCCAAAAGCUUAACAAGCUUGAGGAUCUCAAACAAUAUAAUUUCAGAUACAAUACCGCAUGAUCUUGGUAAAGCAAAUAAACUAGAAGUGCUUGACCUUUCCGAAAAUCACCUAGUAGGAAACAUUCCAAAGGAAUUGGGGGCCUUGAAUCUAUUAUUCCUUCUUAAACUGAAUAAUAAUAAACUUUCAGGCAAUAUUCCCACAGAAGUUGGAAGGCUCUCCAGUCUUAGUCAACUUAACUUGGCAGCAAACAAUAUAAGUGGAUCAAUUCCCAAACAAUUAGCACAGUGCUCAAAACUCACAGAUUUGAAUUUGAGCAUGAACAGGUUUUGGGGAAGUAUCACCCCACAGAUUGCCAAUAUACGCAGUCUCAACAAUCUUGAUCUUAGCCACAAUUUGCUCACAGGAAAGCUUCCAUGGGAGCUUGGAUAUUUACACUACUUAGCAUUGUUAAACCUGUCCCACAACUCCCUGUCUGCCUCGAUCCCAUCCACUUUUAAUGAAAUGUUAAGCUUGACAUCUGUGGACAUAUCAUACAAUAAUUUGGAGGGCCCUCUUCCUAACAACAAAGCUUUCAGCAGGGCACAAAUAGCAGCACUAGAACAUAACAGAGGCUUGUAUGGCAACAACACUGGAAUAUACUGUGUCAGUUUCAAAAAAGUGAGAAAGAUAGAUGAUGAGCCAAGGGAUGCAGAAAAUGAAAAUAUGUUUGUGAUAUGGAGCUACGAUGGGAAAAUAGCACAUCAAAGCAUUGUUGAAGCGACAGAGGCAUUCAACUCAAGAUAUAGCAUUGGAGAGGGAGGAUGUGGAAGAGUUUAUAGAGCUGAGCUGCCAAACGGUCAAGUUGUUGCUAUGAAGAAACUUCACCAAUCAGAGGAUGGCAUAGUGGCUAACCUAAAAGACUUUACCAGUGAGAUUACUGCUUUAACAGAAGUAAGACACCGGAAUAUUGUAAAGCUUUACGAGUUUUGUUCACAUGCAAGAUACUCAUAUUUGGUGUAUGAGUUCUUAGAAGGGGGAAGCUUGAGAAAGAUAUUGAGCAGUGAGGUUAAGGCAAUGGAAUUGGACUGGAUUAGGAGGGUGAAAGUUGUAAGAGGUGUUGCCAGAGCUUUAUCCUUCAUGCACCACGACUGCUCACCUCCUGUUAUUCAUCGAGACAUAUCAAGCAAUAACAUACUGCUGGAUUUGGACAAUGAAGCCCACGUCUCUGACUUCGGCACAGCAAGGAUUUUAAAGCCUAACUCAUCCAAUUGCACAUCAUAUGCAGGCACCUCAGAGCUUGCUUACACAACGGAAGUGAACGAGAAGUGCGAUGUUUACAGCUUUGCGAUGGUAGCAUUGGAAGUGAUAAUGGGAAGGCAUCCAGGCAGCUUCAUCUCCUCCAUAUCGUCAUCGUCAUCGUCAUCGUCAUCGUCAUCAUCAUCAUCAAUAGUUUCCCGUCAAAUCACACUGAAGGAAGUGUUAGACCAACGCCUCUCACCUCCAAGGGGUCGAGUAACCGAGGAAGUGCUCUCCAUUGCAAAGAUAGCAUUUGCUUGCUUAAAUGCCAGUCAGCAGUCCAGGCCGACAAUGCAACAAGUGUUCAGAUCCUAUGGCUGGACACUUCCACCCAUUAUCUUAUCUUGGCUGCUAGCUUCAGGCCCAAAAGCUGUUCUUAUGGCAUUAGUGCUUCCCCUUGGUCAGUCAGUCGUGUCUCUGGCAUUUGAGAAGUUGUGGGGGAGGAAACGAAGCAGGCCAAAACGCAAGUCCAGGAUGAGGAGGAAACCAUCUGCCAGCACUGUGAGUAGUGUUGAAACUGAUGCAGAAGAACAAGAUGAAAGUCGAGAAACCAGAAAGGGAAAGAUGAGAUAUCAAUCGUGGGUAGCAGGAAAUGAUGGUCCGGUUUCUAAUGGUGGCCAAGAUGCACCAAAUUUUGGUGGUUGGGAUGACCUAGAUAGAUCUGGAUUUGCACGGAGAGCAUAUCGAAUGUCUGGAGGGUCACGGCAGACAACAACGGAGAAGGGAAAGUUGAGUCGCAGGGAGAGAAAAAGUGACACACCUCUGCUCUUGAGAUUGUUGAUUGCUGUUUUCCCAUUUUUGGGUUCUUGGACUAAGAUGCUGUAG